CCUCACCCGAUUGGUUCCUUGUCCUGGCUUCGUCUCAGGGAGGUCUGGGCCGAGGGCGUGCCUCCAGCCGUCGUCGUGCAGCUGCCCGCGUCCGUGUCGCCGAGCGAGGGCGACACCCUGACGGUCCAGACCGAGUUCGGCCUCCUGCACGUGCCCGUGCCAGGCGGUGCAGUCGGCGGCCAGAGGCUGGAGGUGCAGGGCAUGGUGGAGGUCGGCCUGCCUCAGCAGGGCAUGCCGCGCUGGGUGCAGUCCGCGGGCGCCGGCGAGUGGCAGCACGCCGAGUCCUGGGAGGUCGGCGACGUCGUCGCGGUCAACAUGCCGGAGGGCAGGGUCGCCCGGGUGCAGAUCCCAGAGGACGCUCGGGAGGACGGCCUCCUCCGCAUCCUCGGGCAGCGCCAGGGAGGGCGUCACCGCUCAGGGGGGGUCGCCACGGCUCCUCCUCCUCCUCCUCCUCCUCCUCCU